AUGCAUGUGCAAUCAGCAUUAGAAUCUGUAUCGAAUGGAAAAACAGUUUUAGUUAUUGCUCAUCGAUUGAGCACUGUGAAGAAUGCAGAUGUGAUUGUAGUUUUGAAUAAAGGGGAAAUUGUUGAAUUAAUUGGCGGAGUAUAUGCUCUAUAUAACACAUCACCAGAAAUGACUGGAGCUGUAGCUAUUAUUUUACCAACUAUUAUUGUUAUAGGCACAUUUUUUGGUUCUAUUUUGAGAAAACUUAGCAAACUGGCUCAAGAACAAAGUACUAAAUCCACAAUUAUAGCUGAAGAAGUAAUUGGAAAUAUGAGAACUGUUCGUGCCUUUGCUUCUGAAUCUACAGAAUGUGAAAGAUUUUUGACAGAAAUUGAAAAUAACGGAUUAUUACAUAAAAAGUUGGGUUAUGGUAUUGGGCUUUUCCAAGCUAGUAGUAAUGUGUUUCUCAAUGGCAUUGUUUUGGGAACAAUAUUCCUUGGUGGACAACUUAUGACAACAAGUAGUCUUGAUCCUGGACAGCUUAUGUCUUUUCUUAUGGUUACCCAAAUGCUUCAACAUUCCUUAGGGCAAUUUUCAUUAUUAUUCGGUCAUUAUGUAAAAGGUGUUGCUGCAGGGUCCAGAAUAUUUGAAUAUAUUAACAAGAGUCCUAAAACACUGAUUAAUGAGGGUAUUAAGAUUCCACAUCAUUCUUUUAAACCAGAAAUUGUGUUUAAAGAUAUUACAUUUUCAUAUCCAACCAGGCCUGAACAAGUUAUAUUAAAAAAUUUCAAUCUUACUCUCCCUCCUGGAAAAGUGGUUGCUGUUGUUGGAUCUUCUGGCAAUGGUAAAUCUACUAUUGCUGCACUUCUCAUGAGAUUUUAUGAUGUUAACUCGGGAAGUAUAAUAAUAGAUGGCAUAGACAUUAAAAAGCUUGAUCAGACUUGGUUGCGCAAAAGAGUAAUUGGAUUAAUUAAUCAAGAACCAAUAUUGUUUGCUAUGUCUAUCCUAGAAAACAUACGCUAUGGAAAGCCUGAAGCAACAGACAUUGAGGUUAUUGAAGCUGCAAAAAUAGCAAAUGCUGAUUCUUUUAUCACUUCUUUUCCCAAUGGCUAUAAUACAAUUGUUGGAGAACGAGGUGUAACAGUUUCGGGAGGACAAAAACAAAGAAUUGCCAUUGCUAGAGCUAUUUUGAAAAAUCCAGCUAUACUUAUAUUAGAUGAAGCAACAAGGUCUGUUAAAAUGCCAGUUAUGUAUUUUCAUAUGUAGGUUAAAUAUGAAAUGUAAAAUUCACAAAUUUAUAGUCUGGUAAAAAUGAGAUCAAUCUUCUUUGCUAAUUGUUUUUUAGUGGUCAGGUUGCACCAUUUAAGAGUGCACUACUGCUGGCAAUACUGUACGUUGUUUUCUUAAAUUGUUGUGAAAUUAAAUUUAUAAUUAGAUGCAUCCGUUGGUAGCUUCAAAUACAAUGUGUUUUUGUAUGGUCAUGCUCAUCAGCCAUUUCAUAUUAUAUGUUAUCAAUGAUUGACCUGAUUUUGAACUGACUUAAGAAGACGCCAUACCCACAUAUAUUUUCUCYGUCUUACAACUGUGUAACAUACCAAAUUUUUGCUCAGCAGAUCAUGUUUAGCUCCUUUAGUUUAAAAAUUAAAAUUAAUUGAUUAGUGAU